CAAAGCACUCUUACUCCUUCUUUUGGCUCGUCACUCAGCGUCUACUGUGUACAGCGGCUUUGCCGAGCUCCUUCUUCUGCUCUCGACUCUUCGCAGCGAACACCACAGCGUCGCUGUUUCAUAUCGACAAUGCGCGAUCCGUUCCCCUUCCCGCCUAUCCCGGCGCUGAGCCGGGCAAUCGCGCCCCUUGCCGAGCGCCUGUCGAUGCCCACGCUGCCCUACCACAUCCACGAGGUCGCCGCCGCCGCCCUCCUCUAUACCUUCAUCCAGACCGUCGUCUCGCCCGUGCUGUCCAACAGGCUGUUCCCCCGCUUCUACCCGCGCCAUGACCGCGCCAAGAAGGCCAACUGGGACACCCACGUCGUCUCGCUCGUCCAGAGCUUGCUGAUCAACGGCAUCGCCCUGUGGGUCAUGUUCUUCGACGACGAGCGCAACGCCAUGGACUACGAGCAGCGCGUCUGGGGCUACACCGGUGCCUGCGGCCUCGUCCAGGCCCUCGCCGCCGGCUACUUCGUCUGGGACCUCGGCAUCACCCUGCUGAACCUGGACAUCUUCGGCUUGGGCCUGCUGGCCCACGCCGUCAGUGCGCUCGCCGUGUACACCUUUGGCUUCCGCCCCUAUCUCAACUACUACUCGCCCACCUUCAUCCUCUACGAGCUGUCGACCCCCUUCCUCAACAUCCACUGGUUCUUCGACAAGCUCAACAUGACCGGCUCCAAGCCGCAGCUGUACAACGGCAUCGCCCUGCUCGUCACCUUCUUCCUGUGCCGCAUCGUCUGGGGCACCUGGCAGUCCGCCGUCGUCUACGUCGACAUGUGGCAUGCCCUCCGCCGGCCCCCCUCGGCCGAAUACCUGGCCGCCGCCUUCGCCGACCCGUCCACCGCCGACGAUCCGGACCGCAACCCGCUGUUCUUCGUCGCCCGCGCCAGCGGCGCCGAGCCCGUCCCGCUCUGGCUCACCCUCAUCUACCUGGCCAGCAACCUGGUGCUGAACACCCUCAACUGGCACUGGUACUUCAAGAUGAUCAAGGCGGUGCGCAAGCGCUUCGAGCCGCCCAAGCCUGGCAAGAGGGAGGCCCUGCCCGCCGAGGCCGUGCCGCGCACCAAGGUCAGCGCCGUCGAGGACAAGGUCACGACGACGGUGCGGCAUCGCCGUGCGCCCUCCAUCGAGGAUGUCGUGCCGGAUAGCGAGGAGUUGCGGGAGGGAACCAUUCAAUGAGCGUGCUUGCCUGUUGUUGUUUUCCCGGAACACGAGGUGAAUGACGUAGGAGCAUACAGAUGGCAUAGACGCGUCGUAUCGUGGUACUAGGCCUUUGGACGGGUAACGGACGUGGUCAUGGUGUGUGGCGUGCCCUGGCGCUAAUAGGGGGACCGGAUUUGCAUGGGAUGGACGGGGGGAACCGAACGGAUCAAUUUCUUUUUGCAUUUUCUUCCUUGUCAGUGCGGGCGACGGCAGCCGGCCAAGCGGCCGUCUUCGGCUCCUUUGCUCAGCGGCCGCCCGUAACCGGUUCCGUCGGGAUUUCAAGCGCUCGGUCUACU